AAAAGCCAGCCGUGAGGUUAGGGUUUAUGCGCGCGAUAAACCUAACAAAUUUUCAUUUCACUUCUGUCAUCAGCUUCUCUUCCUCUGUUUCUCUCUAGGGUUUCACAAUGAGCAGAUCAGGCCAACCCCCAGAUCUCAAGAAGUACAUGGACAAGCAACUACAGAUCAAGCUGAAUGCCAAUCGGACAGUCGUUGGAACACUUCGUGGCUUCGACCAGUUCAUGAACCUCGUAAUCGACAACACAGUGGAAGUGAAUGGUGAAGAGAAAAAUGAUAUAGGCAUGGUGGUCAUAAGAGGGAAUAGCGUAGUCACUGUUGAAGCACUCGAGCCAGUCAGCAGAGGACAGUGAGUCAAGACCCAUAUCAGUAUGGUCUCUCAACGAUUGUGUAAUUGCUUUUUUCCCCCUGAAACAGUUGUAGUAGGAUCUGAGACGAUAAAUUAACUUAAAAGUUUAUCUGCACCUAGUUGACAAAUCUUCAACCGCAUCUUUCAUGCAAAUAAUCUGUGUAUCGACUGCAGUCUAACUUUGACUUUUUAAGUGAGUUCUUGAUAAUUUCAUCUCGACCGUUUUUUAA